AUGAGCGCACCAGUCACAUCUAAUGGAGUCGCAAAUAGGAUUGUACAACAGCAGAGUGAUGCUGAAGCAAGAAAGGAUGGAAUGCAUGUAUUAAGGACUCCGUGGCAUCAAGCCAUUCCACAGGAUCUUUCAACCAUCAACUUCUUUGACGCCGUCUAUCGAGAAUCAAGCCAACGCCAUAUUAUCGUAUAUACUAGGUUUAUGCAUCGUCCUCCAGGUCAAAAGAUCAUAUCAGACGACUAUCUAAGUGGUGUUAAAGAAGUCGGCACCUUUGCUACCAUUGAGGAGUUCUGGGGCCUUUAUUCAAGAAUGAGAAGACCUAAUGAGCUACCAAACAUUUCCGAUAUACACUUGUUUCGAAAAGGAACUCGUCCUGUUUGGGAGGACAAUCCAAAAGGUGGAAAAUGGAUUGUUCGGCUCAAGAAGGGACUUUCAAGUCGCUAUUGGGAGAAUCUGGUGAUUGCAGUCAUUGGAGACAAUUUUGGUGAUUCGAGCGAAAUAACUGGAGCAGUUAUCUCGAUAAGAAACAAUGAGGACAUACUCUCGCUAUGGAACACUAAUGCUAGCGAAGGGAGAAUCGGCUUGAGAAUAAGGGAUACGAUGAAGAAACUGCUCGAUCUUCCGGGCAACUGUACCAUGGAAUACAAGGCACAUACUGCUGCUUUGACCGACGGCAGCUCCUUCAAGAACACGGAAACGUAUCGUUGA